AUGGACCCUGCCUGUGGGAAUGUGGGGACGGCGCCUUUGGUCGCCGGCGGCGGAGCCGGCGUGAGUGCGAAGGCGCCCAAACAUCUGUGGAGGCAGCAGAACCAGGCAGCGCUCUCUCCGCUCCACCACGCGCUGGUAGUGCGCAAGAACGACCGAGUGAGACAAAGAGGCUUUUCGGACACCGAGAGAUACCUCAACCCGAGGAACAUGGAUCGGACUUACGCAGUGGACACGGGGCACCGACCCGGGCUGAAGAAAUCCAGGAUGUCGUGGCCGUCGUCGUUUCAAGGUCUUCGACGUUUCGAUGUGGACAAUGGCACGUCAUCAGGUCGCAGCCCCCUGGACCCAAUGGCCAGCCCGGGCUCAGGCCUCAUCCUGCAGGCCAAUUUUGUCCACAGCCAACGGAGAGAGUCGUUCCUCUACCGCUCCGACAGUGACUACGACCUCUCGCCCAAGUCUAUGUCCCGAAACUCCUCCAUUGCCAGUGACAUUCAUGGUGACGAUAUGAUUGUAACUCCAUUUGCACAGGUUCUUGCCAGCUUGAGAACUGUACGAAACAACUUCGGUGCAUUAACUAAUCUACAGCAAGACAGAGCAUCCAAUAAGAGAUCACCCAUGUGUAACCCACCACCUAUCACCAAGACCACCUUCACAGAGGAGGCCUACCAGAAACUGGCCACUGAGACCCUGGAGGAGCUGGACUGGUGCCUGGACCAGCUGGAGACGCUGCAGACAAGACACUCAGUCAGCGAGAUGGCCUCCAACAAGUUCAAGAGGAUGUUGAACAGGGAGCUGACUCACCUAUCAGAGAUGAGCCGCUCUGGGAACCAGGUAUCUGAGUUCAUCUCCAGCACCUUCCUGGACAAGCAACAUGAAGUGGAGAUGCCAUCCCCUCAGACGCAGAAGGAGAAGGAGAAGAAGAACAAGCCCAUGUCUCAGAUCAGCGGAGUGAAAAAGCUGCAGCACUCCUCCAGCCUCACAAACUCUAAUAUCCCUCGCUUUGGAGUCAAGACCGAGACUGAGGAUGAACUUGCUAAGGAGCUGGAGCAUGUGAAUAAAUGGGGCCUUAACGUUUUUAAAAUCUCAGAGUUCUCUGGGAAUCGGCCACUGACAGUCAUGAUGUACACAAUAUUCCAAGAGAGGGACUUGUUAAAAACGUUUAAAAUUCCACUUGACACCUUUAUAACAUACCUGAUGACCUUAGAAGACCAUUAUCAUGGCGACGUGGCCUACCAUAACAACAUUCAUGCUGCCGACGUCACUCAGUCAACUCAUGUGCUGCUGUCCACCCCCGCCCUUGAGGCUGUGUUCACAGACCUUGAGAUCUUAGCUGCCAUCUUUGCCAGUGCAAUUCACGACGUGGACCAUCCGGGAGUCUCCAAUCAGUUCCUCAUCAACACCAAUUCAGAGCUAGCGUUGAUGUACAAUGACUCGUCUGUGCUGGAGAACCACCAUCUAGCAGUUGGUUUCAAGCUCCUACAAGAGGAGAACUGUGACAUCUUCCAAAACUUGACCAAAAAACAAAGACAAUCACUGCGAAAGAUGGUCAUUGACAUUGUGCUAGCGACAGACAUGUCGAAGCACAUGAAUCUACUGGCUGAUCUGAAAACUAUGGUGGAAACCAAGAAGGUGACCAGCUCUGGUGUCUUGCUGCUGGAUAACUACUCUGACAGGAUACAGGUUCUCCAGAACAUGGUGCACUGCGCAGACCUGAGCAACCCCACUAAGCCUCUGCAGCUGUACCGGCAGUGGACGGACCGCAUCAUGGAGGAGUUCUUCAGCCAGGGUGACCGAGAGAGGGAGAGGGGCAUGGAGAUCAGCCCCAUGUGUGACAAACACAAUGCCUCAGUAGAAAAGAGCCAGGUUGGUUUCAUUGACUAUAUCGUUCACCCUUUGUGGGAGACCUGGGCUGACCUGGUCCAUCCAGACGCCCAGGACAUCCUGGACACGUUGGAAGACAACAGGGAGUGGUACCAAAGCACCAUCCCCCAAAGUCCCUCUCCUGCACUGGACGAGCCUGAGGACGGCACUCGACCCCCAGGGGGGGACAAGUUCCAAUUUGAGCUCACCCUGGAGGAGGACGGGGAGUCGGACACUGAGAAAGACAGCGGCAGCCAGCCGGAGGAGGAGGAAGAGGAGGAGGAGGAGGAAGAGGAGGACAACAGCUGCACUGACUCUAAAACACUCUGUACGCAGGACUCUGAAUCAACAGAGAUUCCUUUGGACGAACAGGUGGGAGAGGAUGAAGAGGAGGAGGUAGUGGAAGAGGGGGAGACACCCUGCUCACAGCCAUGUGUGGUGGAGGAAGAGGUAGCGGAGGAGGAGGAGGAGGACGAGGACGAGGAGAAAGAGAAAUCCCCCGACACAUAGCAGUUUAUGGACAGCACCUGAUUAACUGUUCUUCUUAGUAAUGACAGAUGAUUAUUUAUAGAAUAUUUUUUGGGUUUUGUGGAGUCUGUGUUUUUUAUACAUCUUUGUUUAUGGUUCCAAAGCGUGCGCUGCUCUUCACCUUGGCCACUCCUCCUGUCAGCUUUGUUCAGACACGCCCACUGGUACUUCUCCAAGUUUUUUUGCACUCAGGAAAACUCCUCUCCAUGCCCAUUUGUACUGAAGUGGUGUGUGUUUAUUUCACUCCUACAUCUCCCCUUUACAAGCUUAAGUUUAGGACAUGGAUCAGCAGUUCACAGUCUGCUCAGUGCUGUUCACAUGAUGCAUAAUAUCACAUUUCCCUUCCCCCCGCUUCGUCUCAGCCUCACCCGAAAGUUUAGCAUUGUUUCUGUGUUUCAUCAAGUGCCCAUUCUCUACAGGGACAGUUAUCGGUGUGCUCAAGGUGAAUCUCCCUCUCGGUUAGGUCAUUUCCCUCCCCACUAUGAAUUAGGAGGCAUGUUAUUCUGCCGUCCUUCUGAAAACCUGAUGGGACGCCACAGAGAUGAAAGCUGCAGCACACUGGGGAGCUUUACGAGACACAUCUCUGAUGUGGAAGUCUUCCUUGAAAACCUGACUGACACAAAGCUCAAAUCUAAACAGCCAUGAUUGCUGUCCUAGACCUCUUUAAUUUUUUUUUUAUUGUACUGUAUCUAAGAUUCAAAUAUUUUCUAGAAUUUACUUUUGCAAUCCUAGGCUUUCUUUUGUUAGCAAAGAAGAUGAGAGAGUUUUUGGAAACCAAUGGGAAGAAAUGAGUCACAGAUAUUCAGUGUUUCAAAGGGGCAUCUUUACAGCUGAGUUACAUUAGGAGUGUUCUGAGGUGUUUGCACUUGCUCCAAUAGCAUUUAUACUACUAUUCCCAUGCCACUAUACUCAUAUUUGGUUAGUCCUGUGAGUUCAAAUUUGGAAUUUAUUCAUAAUAACUAUUAUUUUUGGUGAGAGUUUUCACUGAGAAUGAAGCAGAAACCAGAUGUCUUAUGCUUUGCUCUCACUGAAAUUGUUUGUGAUAUGGAUGACGCCUUUAAAUUUGUAUUAUUGUUGCCUGCAGUUCUUUUGAACACAUUCUCAGACAAUGCAAUGCUUUGUAGUUGAUACAAGAAGCACCUUUUUUUUUUUAGACGCUUGAUUAGUGUUCCAAGUAUACAGAAAUGGUAAUGGUGUUAAAAAUUACUGGUUGAUUUUAUACCAAUGUUAUGAAAGCCUUCAUUGUCUUUUCUUUUAUUCUUUGUGAACAUCACCAACAGCUGCAUACCUGCUGGUCUUCAGCCCCCUCCAUUUUCUGUAAGUCUCUGUGAAUUUAUUUUUCAUCAGAAUACUAUUUAAAUUUUGCCAUCACAACAUUAAACCCUGUUGCUGUCUUUGUUUUCGACAAGACAAUCAGCUCUGUUGCAUAGUCAUCAGAUAGGACUAUCCUCUACAUAGAUACUCUAAUGCACUGAUAUAUUCAUGUAUCACCACUUUAUAUUUUUGAUAUGUUUAAACUCGCCAAAACAGUCAUGCAUAUUUAGGCUUGAACAAUGCUGUCUUACACCACGGCCAAGAGUCUCUUCCUUUUUUCCAUGUUUCUGUCAUUUUUCACUUUACACCUGAUGCUAUUAUUUAUUGGUAUAUUUUUCUAUUUGUUGAGUUUUUGCAAUAUAAAGGUGGUACAGUAAAUAUUUCACUGUAGCAUAGACCACAGUACAGGCUUGCCAGUUACAAUAUCCAAAUAUCCUUUUUUUUCCUCUCUGUGUACAUAAAAUAUAGAAAAAUCACCAAAACGAAAAAAAAA